ACAAGGAAUACAGUCAAAAACUGUGAAUUGAAAUGGCGUAAAAAAAAAAAAGAAAAAAGGUUGCAGAGUGAUGGCAGCCAUGGAGUUGAAAUGCUCGGACAUAAGCUCAUGGAAGGCGGCUCUGUCGUCCUACAAGUCCAGCAUCGAAUCCUUAAACAAACCAAACCUUAUUUCCCUCGACGAUUUCUACAGGAACGAGCUUCCGGUACUGGUAAAGCAGAGGAACCCUACUCCAUAUAUAACGACUGAUGAACUCUCAAAAUUAAUGCAGUGGAAGCUGAGCAGGGGCAAAUGGAGGCCCAGGCUGCUGGACUUCGUUUCUUCGCUGAACGACGACGUUGUCAAAUCAGCCUCGCGAAAAGCGUUCGAGUCGUUGCCGGACGUUUCUAAAGCUGUUAAGGAGCUCACCGUCUUGAAAGGCGUGGGCCCCGCCACUGCCUCCGCUAUUCUCGCUGCCUAUGCUCCUCAUAUUACUCCAUUCAUGUCCGACGAGGCGAUGGAAGCAGCAAUUGGUAACACGAAGGACUAUACAUUGAAGAGUUAUCUAGUUUUUGUGGAGAAGUUACAAGCCAAGGCAAUGGAACUUUCGAGCGAGGAGGACCUAUUCACACCAUCAGAUGUUGAGAGGGCUUUGUGGAGUGCUUCUGUAGCUGCCAAGUCAAAAGCUUUAUCAUCAAAGCCUGCUGAGGUUGACUUAGACAAGAAUUCCAAAAGAAAGAGAAAGCGGUGAUUGGAAACUAACUAGUCCGAUUCUGGCACUAACUAGCACAUAAGUUAAUUCUUGCACUGCGUUAUACCCAAGUAACUCUAGUAAUGUGCAGCUUGGGUUUUCUUCCCCAUGGAAUAUGUCUAUUGCAAGACAAUUUUUGGUACAGUUUGGUCUAUCUUGCUCUGCCUCAGGUUGACAUCAUGGUCUUGGACUCAUUCCUGUGCAGUCUUCUAAUAUGAGAAACCUGACCAAUGCUCAUAAAUCUACUGCUAAUUUCUGUGGUCUCUUGGGUCUUCUAUUGGGGUGGAAUCUACAAAGUAAGGUGAUAAUUACUGGUUUCCAAACUCUCAACUGGUCAUCUUUGAUUAUCGUUCCGAGCGUGAUGACCUAUUGCCUCAUAAUGCAAGGAUGAAGGCGCAGACAAGCUGAGUACAGAGCAGUUUUAAACUGAUAGGGGCAUUUAUCUUUGCUCAUUUUAGACUUUGAUACAAGCACGGCCAACCUGAACACUAGGUUUUAGAACGAGGGGGUGGCUUGGGACUUGUUGCACUUGCUUGAGGCCGCGGAUGCAUUAACUACUAUUAGCCUGGGCCAUCGCUUAUACAUUUACCCAAAUAUGUGUAGCUUAGCGGGCUAUUGCUUAUUUUCGGGUUAGACUGGGGGCCAAUAAAUGGAGUAUAAAACUAAUACGAUUUAGAUUGGCUUCAAUCUGCAAUAUCCAGUUCAUUUCGAUCAUUUCUUUUUAGCAGAUGUAGCUGCUAGAAGGGAACCUUUUUUGGCAAUGCCAAAAGGGUGGGGCUUUGGUUUUCUAGUACGGUACUUGUUUAGCUGUCAUAUGCCUAGUUCCUGUGUUAAUGGUUGGAAAUGCAA